AUGCUGGCGCAUGGAUUGCUCGUCGACGCGCCGAUCCUUCCUCUUGGAUUGCAUGAGGAACUGCCACCGCUGGACGGGUUCCUCGACGUCGCUGGACUUCCCGGAGAUAACGACGAGGUCUUCGGCCACGGACCGGAUGUACAUGACGUGAAUGACGCUGGGCUUGAAGGGGUUGACGAGGUCGACGAUCCACCGGACCCACUCGAUAACCAAGGAGCUGGAGAGAUAUGGGACGUUCUUGCGGUGCAGGAAGCCGUACCCGUUGUGGGACCCCUCGCCGUGGUCCCUGUUGAAGCUGUACCUGUCCCAGGUGCCGCCAUGAUAGCCAAUGACAAUGAAGUGCCGGAGGAAGUUGCUGGCGAAAAUGAGCCGGAUGGUGUACCGAUGCAUCCGCAGGUCGCGCAGGAUGAACAAGACGCAGAGAAUCCUGCACCGCCGGAACCGGCGGCCCCUGUUGAGGGCAACAAUCCGGGGUCAACAAAUCUUAACACGGUCGUAUCGCUAGAUGUUGAGGGGCAAGCUGCUCUGACUUCACUGUGCACUCGGUUCGCCGCGAUGGACGACCCGAGCGGUUGGAGUGGAGUUCUGGUUGAAGCUGUGAACCGCCUUGACGACCUCGAAGCAUCGCUGAAUCAAUGCCGAGGCUACAUCAAUAAACCACACUGCCAGUGCCCGUGA